AUGAACUCUUCUGUUUCGUCCUCAAAUUCACCCUGUCUCUCCCGAAGGCUGGUAGAUCCGGGAGUUCUCCGAUCGGAGUCCUCCACUGUGCGACCUACGUAUCUCUAUCCGAGCAUCUCAUGGACACGUGACUUGAAAUCAUCAACAUCGAGCCUCUUCCCCACGGAGCAGAGUGCAAGUUCCACCAUCUCUGGCACCUCGGACAUUAUUGCUCCUAUUAACUCCAUGCCUCAGGAGCUUAGCUCCUCGCUUUCCUCGUCCUUACAGUCUUAUGUCGUCGCAGUCAAACAGCCAAGGCUUUAUCUGAACGACCAGUGCCAGCCGAUCCAGGACAAACCAAGCCGGCCAAGAUCUCAUCCGGCUCACACCAACACGGUCUCUUCCCUCAAUUGUCCCGAGGGCAGAGGCCACAUCGGGUUGGUUGGGAAAAAAGGGCACCAGCAGCAGCCGAAGCAGAGGGAGGAGGAGGAGGAUAAAGAGGAGGAGGAGGAGGAAGAAGAGGGGGAGGGAGAGGAAGAGCUUGGUUAUGGAGAUGAAGAUGAAAACGAGGAUGAUAGCUAUGAUAAGGAGGAAUGCGAACGACCUGUCACUUUUGGUUGUGGUGCAGACGGUCUAGGCGAACAAAAGUCAACUGGUUUGGAUGCUUAUAAAAUCUACAGCAAUGCUCAACCCUCGAAUGACAUGAAAACCUUCGGCAGUGCUCUUUCCACCGGAGCUUCUGUCAAGGCCAGCAGAGACGAGGUCAAACCUGCUGUUAAGCCAGCGCCUGUCUUUCCGCAUGUUUUUGCCGUCGAAAGGUCUGGGGAACAGCCAAUCUUGCUAUCAUGCGAAAAGGAGAAGCGCCAGCGACGGUUAGGCAGAGGUCGAGAAAAAGAGAAAGCGAAAGAAAAGGCCAGGGACAAAGAAUCGGAACGUGAAAAGGAAAGUGGCACUGGAAGCUUCACCGGCAGGUCAGGCAAAAAGGGAGCUUUUUCCAGCAAAGGACAGUUGAGGCACCAGGAGUCUUCAGGUGGACUAUGA